AUGAAUCAGAUUACCAGAAAAAUGUGGGGAUUAGACCUCAAGAAAACCAUCCUCUGGCGUGCAUCUCUUCUCCGGCGAUGUGCUCGAUCUCUAUGGCACCAAUUUCUUGCUUGUUGGAUCGGAAAAUCUAUCCGGUACCGUCAUUUAUUGCAUUCCGGUUCCGGCCCUUUGAUUCCGACUUCUCAUCGUCGUCCUCGUCGGCCGGAAAGGACAACGACGGCGAUGGAUGUUGCCACCGUGUACCACCAGUUUCCUUCGGUAGAAAUGACAGCCUCUAGCGGCGAUGGAUUCGCUUCCGGCGAAAUGACGUCAUCCUGCGGCGGCUCUGAUCAUGAUAAAGAGGGUUCCGAUUUGGUGGCUUUGAAGAUCAGUUUGUUGGGUGAUCAACACAUCGGCAAAACAAGCUUCUUGGCGAAGUACGUUGGGAAAGAGAAGAAUGAAGAAGAAUUAAAAGACAGAGGAAUAAAUCAAAUGGAUAAAACACUUUGUGUUAGAGGAGCCAGGAUCUCCUACAGCAUCUGGGAAGUGGGUGGUGAUGCAUUUUAUCCAGAUGGUGAUUUAAGGACUUCGAUUCCCGCCGCUUGUAAAGACUCGGUUGCCAUAUUAUUCAUGUUCGAUUUAACGAGUCGAUGUACACUUAACAGUGUCAUCAAUUGGCACCAGCAAGCUCGGUAUCAUAAUCAGAUGGCGAUACCGGUUAUGGUAGGGAGCAAGUUUGACGAAUUCGUCAAGCUUCCGUUGGAUUUACAGUGGACGAUCGCAAACCAGGCAAGAACGUAUGCGAAGGCCAUAAACGCAACCUUGUUCUUCUCGAGUGCAUCUUACAACAUAAAUGUAAAUAAAAUCUUCAAGUUCGUAACUGCAAAGCUCUUUGACUUGCCUUGGGUUUUGGAGCGUAAUCUUACAAUUGGGGAGCCUAUCAUCGAUUUUUGACGUGGGAUUUUGCUAUGCAUAGAUUCAGACCCUCCUCAACGUUUACGUUUGUGAACGUAAAUGUGAAUAGUAAAGAAGUGGUUGUGAGGAAGUGGUGGUAGAAUCGAUCAUUGUAUUUUCCAUGUUAUCAUUUUUAGUUAAGUGAGAUUCCAAGGGUUUUUCUGUAUGUGUUUUUCCGUUUCUUGUUGUUUACUUGAUUCUGAAUGUAUUGGAGAGCUUGGUGGAGGUAUCGAGGCUUCCCCGUCUUCAUGUAAAACUUGUCACUGCACAUUAGUUGAUUACGUACAAGAGAUCCUUCAGGGGUCUUUGUUGUUCU